GAGAAUUCAUAUUUGUUUGGUCGAAACACACCUGCGCUUUUUUCUCCGUAAUUUCGUCAGUUUUGGCAAAUUUCAGUGAAAUUCAGUGUAAAAAUAUCGCGAAAUUGCAUCUGGAUACGCGCGGAGUAUUAUGGAUACGCAAGACGCCCGAUAAAAGUGAAGAAUUGUGAAAAAACUGAGUGGUGAAGCAAGUGCAUUGUAAUCAAAAGCAAUAAUUUGAUGAUCGGCGGCGCUUCGACGUCAAACAAAGAUGAAUGAAAGAAUCGAUAACAAACGAAGUAUAACUACUUCAAAUAACGAAACAACUGGCACGGGAAAUGUCUCGACCCAAACUCAACCUCAAACACACCAACAGGAACAGAUUCAAGCUGCGACGCAGCAGCAACUAGCACAGCAAAAUCCAAUAACGCAACAACAGCAACAACAAUCCUCAAGUAAUCCCGAAUAUAGCAAUACAGCAAAGAAAUGUCGAUAUCACCGAUACAAGAUGCAAGAUCCGCGAUCUCAGCACUCGGCAUCCAGCAAACGGCAGGCGGCAAACGAGUCGAAUCCCGUCGGCGCCAAUAGCAGUAGUUGUAGUAGUAGUAAUAGUAAUACCACCAACAGCCAAAUACCCGAUCCGCUUUCAGGGACGCGUUUCGCCGCAAAUUCCAAAUUGAUAUCCGACAGAUAUUUAGUGUUCGAUACGAUGGACGGUAGUUCGUUCUACAAUUGUAUCGAUAUCUGUGACAAAACGCCCUUACAGUGCAAGAUUAUGCGAAAUCCUUGUUCCACGUUGUUAACUGCACAUUUCAGAUUAGAUGGCCAUAUUUAUGUUAAUCAGUUGGUUAAGGCGAUUACAGAAAAUAACUGUACCUAUGUCUUCUUUACACCUACCGAGGGCGACUUACAUUCAUAUGUUCGCGUUAAAAAGCGUCUUCGGGAAAGUGAAGCAAAAUUAUUCUUCCGUCAAAUGUGUGAGAUUGUGAAGGCCUGUCAUGAGCAAGGCAUCAUAUUACGAGAUCUCAAAUUGCGAAAAUUUGUCUUCGCAAGUCCUGAUAAAACCCAUCUAAAACUUGAGACACUAGAAGAUGCUGUGAUUCUCGAUGACCCUUCAAGUGAUCUGUUGCAAGACAAAAGAGGCUGUCCAGCAUACGUUUCGCCCGAAAUACUGCGGGUCAAUACGAAAUAUUCGGGUAAAGCUGCAGAUAUCUGGGCUUUGGGUGUCAUAUUGUACACUAUGCUUGUUGGACGAUAUCCCUUCAAUGAUUCCGAGCACACAAACCUGUUUGCGAAAAUAUCUCGAGGACAUUACGUCAUCCCGGAAUGCCUUUCGGCAAAAGCCCGAUGUAUGAUACGGGCAUUGUUGCGGCGCGACUCUUCCGAACGAAUAACAUCUUCCGAUGUUUUGCAUCACCCGUGGCUCAUGCAAACCGAGCAACGGGAAUAUUACCCCAGCAAUUCAGCUUGUGAUGAUCAGAUGGUUCCGCAAAUGGAAUCCUCCUCUGCGCGUGGAAACAAUAAUCAUUGAAUUAGUUCUUAGGCUAAACCACAAAUGUACAAAAAAAUAGAACUUUUAAACUAAUAUUGUUACAAUUUUGCAAAUAAAAAUUAU